AUGGGGGUGCGUAUCCUCAACCUGAAUGGGGUGCAGCCGCCACGUUUGCUUAUCCUCAACCUGAAUGGCGGCCAGGUGCUUGUCCUCAACCUGAAUGGGGUGCAGCCGCCACGUUUGCUUAUCCUCAACCUGAAUGGGGGCCAGGUGCUUAUCCUCAACCUGAAUGGGGUGCAGCCGCCACGUUUGCUUAUCCUCAACCUGAAUGGGGGCCAGGUCCUUAUCCUCAACCUGAAUGGGGCGCAGCCGCCACGUUUGCUUAUCCUCAACCUGAAUGGGGGCCAGGUGCUUAUCCUCAACCUGAAUGGGGCGCAGCCGUCACGUUUGCUUAUCCUCAACCUGAAUGGGGGCCAGGUGCUUAUCCUCAACCUGAAUGGGGUGCAUCCGCCACGAUUGCUUAUCCUCAACCUGAAUGGGGCCCAGGUCUUUAUCCUCAACCUGAAUGCGGGCCAGGUCCUUAUCCUCAACUUGAAUGGGGUGCAGCCGCCACGUUUGCUUAUCCUCAACCUGAAUGGGGGCCAGGUGCUUAUCCUCAACCUGAAUGGGGUGCAGCCGCCACGUUUGCUUAUCCUCAACCUGAAUGGCGGCCAGGUGCUUGUCCUCAACCUGAAUGGGGUGCAGCCGCCACGUUUGCUUAUCCUCAACCUGAAUGGUGGCCAGGUGCUUAUCCUCAACCUGAAUGGGGUGCAGCCGCCACGUUUGCUUAUCCUCAACCUGAAUGGGGGCCAGGUCCUUAUCCUCAACCUGAAUGGGGCGCAGCCGCCACGUUUGCUUAUCCUCAACCUGAAUGGGGGCCAGGUGCUUGUCCUCAACCUGAAUGGGGUGCAGCCGCCACGUUUGCUUAUCCUCAACCUGAAUGGGGGCCAGGUGCUUAUCCUCAACCUGAAUGGGGUGCAGCCGCCACGUUUUGCUAUCCUCAACCUGAAUGGGGGCCAGGUCCUUAUCCUCAACCCGAAUGGGGUGCAGCCGCCACGUUUGUUUAUCCUCAACCUGAACGGGGGCCGGGUGCUUAUCCUCAACCCGAAUGGGGUGCGGCCGCCACGAUUGCUUAUCCUCAACCUGAAUGGGGGCCAGGUCCUUAUCCUCAACCUGAAUGGGGUGCAGCCGCCACGUUUGCUUAUCCUCAACCUGAAUGGGGGCCAGGUCUUUAUUCUCAACCUGAAUGGGGUGCAGCCGCCACGUUGUCUUAUCCUCAACCUGAAUGGGGGCCAGGUCUUUAUCCUCAACCUGAAGGGGGGCCAGGUCCUUAUCCUCAACCUGAAUGGGGUGCAGCCGCCACGUUUGCUUAUCCUCAACCUGAAUGGGGGCCAGGUGCUUAUCCUCAACCUGAAUGGGGUGCAGCCGCCACGUUUGCUUAUCCUCAACCUGAAUGGCGGCCAGGUGCUUAUCCUCAACCUGAAUGGGGUGCAGCCGCCACGUUUGCUUAUCCUCAACCUGAAUGACGGCCAGGUCCUUAUCCUCAACCUGAAUGGGGCGCAGCCGCCACGUUUGCUUAUCCUCAACCUGAAUGGGGGCCAGGUCUUUAUCCUCAACCUGAAUGGGGUGCAGUGCUUCACCAGAAAGGGGCGCAGCCGCCACGUUUGUUAUCCUCAACCCAACCAGAAUGCGCAGCCGCCACGUUUGCUUAGCCUCAGCCUGAAUGGGGGCCAGGCGCUUAUCCUCAACCAGAAUGAGGUGCAGCCACCACGUUUGCUUAUCCUCAACCUGAAUGGGGGCCAGGUGCUUAUCCUCAACCUGAAUGGGGUGCAGCCGCCACGUUUGCUUAUCCUCUUGCUUAUCUCCAGCCUGAAUGGGGGCCAGGUCCUUAUCCUCAACCAGAAUGAGGCGCAGCCGCCACGUUUUCUUAUCCUCAACCUGAAUAGGGACCAGGUCCUUAUCCUCAACCAAAAUGAGGCGCAGCCGCCACAUUUGCUUAUCCUCAACCUGAAUGGGGGCCAGGUCCUUAUCCUCAACCAGAAUGAGGCGCAGCCGCCACGUUUGCUUAUCCCCAACCUGAAUGGGGGCCAGGUCCUUAUCCUCAACCAGAAUGAGGCGCAGCCGCCACGUUUGCUUAUCCUCAACCUGAAUAGGGGCCAGGUCCUUAUCCUCAACCAGAAUGAGGCGCAGCCGCCACGUUUGCUUAUUCCCAACCGAAAAGGGGGCCAGGUCCUUAUCCUCAACCAGAAUGAGGCGCAGCCGCCACGUUUGCACCGCGGGCCAGGCGCAGCCGCCACGUUUGCUUAUCCCCAACCUGUGAACGGGGGCCAGGUCCUUAUCCUCAACCAGAAUGAGGCGCAGCCGCCACGUUUGCUUAUCCUCAACCUGAAUGGGGGCCAGGUCCUUAUCCUCAACCAGAAUGAGGAUGGCAUGGGUGGGCCUGCGCAACCUGGCAAGAAGCGUUGCUCUCUCUGCAGUUUGGAGAGCUUGGGCGGCGCGCUCGCUUCUCGCGUGGGCAAAGGCAACUUGGUCAGGCAGCUCAAGCAUUGGCGCCAAAUUGGGUCGCCAACCUACGAGGUGAAGACAAAGUGCAAACGUCGCACAUGUUGGCAGGGCAAGCCUGCCAUUGUGAGGUUCCAUCGCCGUGGUUGGUGGCGAGCUCGCCGCGCCUUGAAGACAAUCUACUUGGCAAAGCUGGCCGAAGGACCUCCAUUGAACAUCAAGGCUUUGAAAUGGACAGUGGAAGAAGGGUUGAUUUAA